AAGCCCAUCUACCAUUCUCUGCCAUAAUAUUCACAUCUGUGAUCUUUCUACUACACAACAACAAUAUCACUUCCACAACACUCAAUAACCUUUUUUCUAAACACUAAUUCGGUUGCGGUUUACGUUCAAAUCAUAUUUAAACGCGUUUUAAGAUUUAUCUAAACGCGAGUCAGUGAGUCAGCAAGUUCAAGAUUCAGAUCUAGCAUCUGAUAUCAGCUAGCAAGUUCAAGUCUCAACACUUUUCUGUCGAAAAAUCAUCGAGAUGAGGAUCGCGGGGAGUAAUAACACCGGAAAAUCAAAGAAAAAGGUGUCAAGUAAACUUGGAGGAAUCUUGAAGGAGCAAAAGGCAAGGCUUUACAUUAUCAGGAGAUGUGUGGUGAUGCUUCUUUGUUAUCAUGACUGAUCCAUUCAUGAAUAUCACUAGAUCUUCUUUAGAUAUGCUCUUGAAAAAUCAUGUGGUAAAAUUGUAAAUAUAUAUGGCUCAAGAGCUUCACAGUUUUGUAACCCUACAUAUUGGCCUCUAAUGGGGUUGAAUGUAUAUUAGAUUGCUAGUUUGCUACUUCUUUCUAAGAGUUAUUUUACUUUC